GCUCUGAGCAUUUCUUCUGCAAGGCUCAAUUUCCUGGUGAUGAAGAAGAUGAAUAUUGGUGUAUUCGAGCCAUCAUCGUCCUCGUCAGUAAAGGGGCGUUCUCUACAACCUCUACAUUGCACACCACUUCAGCAAAUCGAGCCCCAGAUUGGAUGCAUCCUAUGUUCGAAGUGCAAAGUCUUCAAAUGUGUUACCUUUCCUAACGUUAGUGAUGUAGCCGUUUAACCCUAUUGCUCAAUUUGCUGGCUUGCAUCCAACACUUCUACAACUAGAGUUGACUCCGGAUAUUUUGAACUGCUUACAUGCAGUGAUGGGGAUCAUACCAUCCUUAUUCUUCCACUUCAACCAUAUCCAUGAUUGGGCCACAAAAGCUUUGAUCAAGACAAAUGGAACAUUCAACUACAAGGGAAUGUGGAUGGGCAGGUCGCACGGGAUCAUAACCUCUGAUCCACUAAAAAUAGAGUACAUGCUCAAAACAAACUUCAAAAACUUUCCAAAAGGGAAGUACUACAGAGAAAGGUUUCAUGAUUUGCUUGGGGAUGGUAUUUUCAACGUCGACGGGGAAUCAUGGAAAGAGCAGCGAAAAGCUGCGAUUUCCGAAAUGCACUCCACCCGUUUUGUCGAAUACUCGAUUCAAACUGUACAAGCUUUGGUGCACCAGAAACUGCUUGAAGUAGCAGAAAAUGUGGUGAAGUUGGGAAACUGCAUUGAUUUACAGGAAGUGCUUCUUCGGUUUAUGUUUGAUAACAUAUGCAUAGCAGCAUUCGGAAUCAACCCAGGGUGCUUGUCUAUAGACUUCCCAGAAGUUGCUUUUGCUAAGGCUUUUGAGGAAGCCACUGAAAUGACUUUGAUCAGAUUCAUGGUGCCUCCAUUUGUGUGGAAGCCGAUUAAAUUUUUUCAAUUGGGAUUUGAGAAAAGGCUAAAGGAAGCUGUGAGAGUUGUUCAUGACUUUGCUGAGAGGACUGUGAGAGACAGGAGGGUAGAGUUGAGUAAAACUGGUAGCCUGGAAAAUAAGUCUGAUCUAUUGUCAAGACUUAUGGAGAGUAGAAAAGGCCAAAAUUCUCAUUUCACUGAUAAACUACUUAUGGAUUUCUGCAUAAGUUUCAUUUUAGCUGGGCGUGACACAAGCUCAGUGGCCUUAGCAUGGUUUUUCUGGCUUAUUGACAUAAACCCACAAGUCGAAAACAGGAUUCUUUACGAGCUAAAUGGGAUUAUCAAUCAAAGGAAGGGGAAAAAGGAAGUGGACACAAUUGUUUUCACAGGAGAAGAGCUAAAGACAAUGGUGUAUUUGGAAGCAGCAAUAUCAGAAGCCUUACGACUAUACCCACCAGUUCCAAUUGACUUCAAAGAGGUCACAAUCAACGAUUUUUUCGCAGAUGGCACUUUUGUGAAAAAGGGUGCUAGGGUAAUUUACUCGCUUUUCUCAAUGGCGCGAAUGGAAUUCAUUUGGGGGAAGGAUUGCUUGGAGUUUAAGCCAGAGAGAUGGAUAAAGAACGGGGAAUUUGUGAGUGAGAAUCAGUUUAGGUAUCCGGUUUUCAAUGCCGGGCCUAGACUUUGUGUGGGGAAGAAGUUUGCUUACAUGCAGAUGAAAAUGGUGGCUGCUUCUGUCCUGUUAAGGUAUUCUGUUAAGGUGGCUGAAGGUCAAAAUGCAACUCCAAAGGUAACUACCACACUUUAUAUGAAGCAUGGUUUGUUGGUGACUUUGGUGCCUAGGUUGAGCUCAAUAUGAAUAUGGAUUUGUGUUUUGUUGUUUUGGAGAACUAGGGGUGAGAUGUGAGAAGAAGUAAAUAAGAGAAUAAAGAGAGGAUGAUGUUGUUCC